AUCUUUCUGUAAGAUCAGUAGAACGAUAGACGGAUUUUCAGAUAAUAAUUUCAGGUUUGUACACUUUCGUUAUAGGUCUUAUACUAAUAGUGCACAGCAGUCUCACAUGCUUACUAUACAUAGUAGUUAACAGCAGUAAUCGUAAGAUGAUUCAUUUUAUUCGUCAUCACAUAGCUAUGGUUGCUGACGAGAUCAAGUACGAUUAUUUCGCAUCUUAAUAAUACAUGCUAAAUUAAACUAAAUACAUUUAUUAUACCACCGCUAGAAUUAAGUAUAAGUUUUCUUUUCGGUUGUAUAAAUGUGUGUAACAGUGUAAGUGUUAUGUGUGUGUGUUUGUCUGUUUUUGGAUGAAAUUUGGACGAAAUUACUGCAUGUAAACAGUAAACUUCCUGUAUGAUUGAUUGAUUUAUGCAAACAAUUGUGUCGUUUAUACAGCUUUGAGUGCAUGCUCUCUAGUUUCUAUUGGAUAGAUCAGACUGUCAGCUCUGAGUGUAUUCCGUUCUAGGUUAGAGAAUAUUUUCUGGAAAGCCAUAUUUUAAAAUGCCAUAUGCAAAACAAUAUUGGAUACAGUCUAAAGAGCCAUCAUAUCUAAAAAGUAGUCACACGAGAGCCAGAGGAAUUGCGAGCUCUGUCUGCAUUCUGUUCUGGCGACACUUUCUUUACAUAAAAACCCUUAUUAAGCCGGGAGUAAAAAUGAAAGAAAUGGGACAAAAGUUGAAAAGAGAGAGUAGUAUGCGGGUCAUGUUCACGAUUUCCCUGCAUGCGAAUAAUUUUUAGAUAACACGACUCCAUGUCAGAAAUUACGUUGCAAAUUGCAGCAAAACUUGACUCGGAUCGUGUAGGCUAUUAUAAAUCCUACAUUCUGAUUGGCUAUACUACUAGAGAGCUAUUGAGUGACCAAUCUCGUACCCAGGCUGUGUGCGAGGUUGUUAAGUUAUAGUCCACAGUAAUAGAAAUUAGCGGGGAACGAGGGACAAUAAACCUGUGAAUCAAUGGUCAUUUAAAAAAAAAAAAAAGGGUGAGUGAAAAUAUGUUGCCAAAAACUGGUUGCCGUUAACGAAUCUCUCGGUUCGGCUAUGAAUAAAUAAACUUCAGAACAUCAUAAUUUUUAAUAAUAAGUUCUUUCUUGGAUUGCAUGGCGAUAAAAUAUCACAAUAAAUAUCAAUUUUUUGCUAGAAUACUGAAACAUGGGUUCCAAAUGUUCAAUCCUCAACGAUACUCAACACGAUGUAUGGAUCACACACGGAAUAAAUUGGCCGUCUUUUGCUGCUGUCGUUACUUUCCUGCUGUCCCUAGCUACAGUGUGUGCCGGUGCGAUAAAUAUACAUGCGGGAAAAGCGCUAGUUGUUUUCGAUGGUUUCAUUGGAACGCUUCUAUUGUGUGGUACGAACGAAGCUCAAAAGAAAAGAACGGAUAGGGCUUCGGCUGAAUUGAUCAAGCCUGGUGAAAAGUACACGUGGUCUGGUACACUAUCUCUCCACAUGCGUGUCUAUGUUAUGAACGAUAACCUACAGUAUGAUGACAGAGCGUGUUUUACUGGUCCCACUGCAAGCUCCGAGUACGUCUACGCCAUUUCCGAGUAUUUUCAAAAGCUCGACGUGAAGACCGACUAAGAACGCAUGAUGACAUCAAAUUUACACUCAAUUAGUUAUUAAUAAUUGAUGUGUUAAUAUUUUGUCUAGUACACAUGUAAAAAUGCACAAGUUGUAACAAACUUACAGCAGACUUGUAACAAUGCUGUUCUAACAACUUGUCAACAGAAUGUGUUCGCACUGCUUGUUCCAAGCUUGUUGAAAAGUUGUCAACGACUUGUUGACAACUUGCUACAAGGUUGUUGAGCUCAACAGAUUUGUUGCAAGUUGUUCGAACAACUUGUUAUCGUCCUCCAAUUCAACAAUUUGUCAACAAGUUGAGAGUGAUAACUUUGUAGCAACAUGAUAAAUAACAGCAUUGUUACUUGUUGACAAGCUUGCUACACAAGCCUGUUGCGAACGCGUACACAUUUUGUUGACAAGUUGUGAGAUUUUUACCGGUGUGUAUAAGCAUAAACAAUCCAGAAGACAGGGACUGGAAACGCUUAAUGUUUUAAAGAGUAUAUUUUUACUCUGUGGUGAUGCGCUUGCGUGACGCUUGCGCAUGUGCCAUCUUGAACAAAAUCCAAAACGAAUAAACGAUUAAUAUUGAUGUAUUGUCUGCUGUUUUUAUACAGCUCUUUAUACUGAAAGAUUCAGUUUAAAUAAACUACACCGAAAAGGGAGCUAGGUAUAUCACAUUGUGUGUAAAGUUUAUAAAACGGAUCUGUUAAUA